AGAGGAGACGGGGAGGGGGCACGCCGGGGUUGGGUUUCAAGGGUGGGGGGAGGAAGCCGGCGGCUCGAGCCCCCACCCCGUGGCUCCGGGGUGCGCAUCUGACUGAGGAAGGGGUUGGGGGGCGCAGAAAGAGAGAGAAAGAGGGGAGGCAGGAGAGCUCCGGGCGAGGCGAGGCGGUUUUCGGGGGUGGGAGGGGGAAGUCGGCAAAGUUUGGGGCGGGCGCGUGUUGUCCGGGGAGAGCCUGGAGCCGGGGGCACGAGGCGGCUCCGCGGGGGCGCAGAUGGCUACCCAGGUGGAGGCUCUCCUGCCCGCGAACCCCCUGCUGCCCUCCGAGGAGCACGGGCUGGUGAUGAAGAAGCCUCAGGAGAAAGGGGAGCAGCACCUCCUGCACCAAGGAGAGAAGGCCAACGCCGACGAGGGCAAGGGGGGCGGCCCCGACAGCUGCAGCAAGGAAGGCGGCGGCAACGUGGGGGAGCAGCAUCUGCGCCGAAACGGGGCGCUGCUCAAGCCCCCCAGCAUCAAGCAGCAGAAGGAGGACAGUAACAACCAGGAGAAGGAGAACCUGCUGCACCAGAGGAGCGGCGGCGGCACCGACUCGACGCGGCUGCCCAGCGAGGCCGGUAGCAGCAGCAGCGGCGGCGAGGAGGGCGGCGAGCCGGGAGGCGUUGGGCGCAAGGAAUUCAUCGAGGCCCCCCCGCCCAAGGUGAACCCUUGGACUAAGAACGCCCCGGUGGCGCUGGUCACCCUCAACGGACAGUCGCCCCCAGAGCAUUCAACCCCAGCCAAGGUGGUGAAAGCUGCAAAUCCAAGGCAACGUAAAGGAAGCAAGGUUGGUGACUUUGGGGAUGCCACAAACUGGCCAACGCCAGGAGAAAUAGCUCACAAGAGUGUCCAGCAGCUGCCACACAAGCCUCAAUCUCUCCGGAAGGUUCCUAUUAAGAAGAACAUGAAGGAGCAGGAGAAAGGGGAAGGGAGCGAUGGUAAAGAGAACAUGAAAGCCCGGUCAGAUGAAUCGGGGGAGGAGAAGAAUGGAGAUGAUGACAACCAGAAAUCAGCUCAGAAGAAGAAGGGUAGCAGACACAAAUGGGUCCCUCUGCAAAUAGACAUGAAGUCUGAGGUUCCAAGAGACAAAACAGCUUCUCGCAACAACAGACAGAAUGAGCAGCACCGGCACCCUUCCAACAACCGAAGUGACUCAAAAGGUAUUUUUGGUUGGCAUCUGGAUAACAAACAUGAACAAAGCUGGCCUGACCAUGAUGAAACCUCUAGUGUCAAGAGUGAGGGAGCAACUGUACGUGGUUCCUUCCGGGGCAGAGGCCGUGGUCGGGGACGAGGGAGAGGGCGAGGAAGAGGAGGUACUCGCUCUCACUUUGAUUAUCAGUACGGUUACCGGAAAUUUGAUGGCUCUGAUGGCUCACGCACUCAGAAAUACACCAGUAAUAUCACUUACUAUUUUGACAACAUCAGUAGCACUGAGCUGUACAGUGUUGACCAAGAGUUGCUCAAGGACUAUAUCAAACGCCAGAUAGAGUACUACUUCAGUGUUGACAACUUGGAACGAGAUUUUUUCCUGAGACGGAAAAUGGAUACAGAAGGCUUUCUUCCCAUCACCCUGAUUGCCAGUUUCCAUCGGGUGCAGGCCUUGACUACAGAUGUUGGCCUCAUAAUUAAGGCAUUGAAAGACAGCAAAGUGGUAGAGAUUGUGGACCAGAAAAUCAGGAGAAAGGAAGAACCAGAAAAAUGGCCUUUACCUGGCCCUCCCAUGACAGACUAUGCACAGACUGACUUCUCUCAGCUCAUCAACUGCCCAGAGUUUGUGCCCAGGCAAAGCUUCCAAAAGGAAACAGAAUCUGCUCCUGGGUCUCCCCGCUCUGCUAGUCCUGUGCCAACGAAGACAGAGGAAGUUAGUAAUCUGAAGACAAUGCCCAAAGGCCUUUCUGCCAGCCUGCCAGACUUGGACUCUGAAGCAUGGAUUGAAGUGAAGAAGAGGCCUAGGCCUUCUCCAAUCAGACCCAAGAAACCAGAAGAAUCCAAAACGCCAGUGAAGCAGAAAGAUCAGGAUGAGCCUGAGGAGCUGGACUUCAUGUUUGAUGAGGAGAUGGAACAGAUGGAUGGCCGAAAAAACACCUUUACAGAUUGGUCAGAUGAGGAUUCAGACUACGAAAUUGAUGACAGAGACGUGAAUAAGAUUUUGAUUGUAACACAGACACCCCCUUAUCUGCGCCGGCAUCCAGGGGGAGAUAGAACGGGCAACCACACAUCCAGGGCGAAGAUGAGUUCAGAGUUGGCUAAGGUGAUCAAUGAUGGGCUGUACUACUAUGAGCAGGACCUGUGGACAGAGCAGUUCGAGCCAGAGUACUCUCAGAUAAAGCAAGAAGUAGAGAACUUCAAGAAGGUCAAUAUGAUCAGCCGAGAACAGUUUGACACUUUGACUCCUGAGCCUCCCAUUGAUCCAAAUCAGGAAGUUCCUCCAGGACCACCAAGGUUCCAACAAGUUCCUACAGAUGCUCUGGCAAAUAAGCUCUUUGGUGUGCCAGAGCCUUCAACCAUUGCCCGAUCUUUGCCAACAACUGUGCCAGAAUCCCCAAACUAUCGCAAUGCCAGGACUCCCAGGACUCCUCGCACACCUCAACUGAAAGACCCAACACAGACGCCCCGUUUUUACCCAGUGGUUAAGGAAGGCAGGUUGAUAGAUGCCAAGACGCCCCGGAAGAGGAAGACACGGCACAGUUCAAAUCCUCCAAUGGAAUGUCAUGUUGGUUGGGUGAUGGAUUCCCGGGAGCAUAGGCCUCGAACUGCAUCCAUAAGUUCCAGCCCCUCAGAAGGCACACCAGCCAUUGGCAGCUAUGGCUGCACUCCACAAUCAUUGCCCAAGUUCCAGCAUCCCUCCCAUGAACUCCUCAAGGAGAAUGGCUUCACACAACAUGUCUACCACAAGUAUCGCCGGCGCUGCCUUAAUGAGCGGAAGCGACUGGGCAUUGGUCAGUCCCAGGAGAUGAAUACGCUCUUCAGAUUCUGGUCGUUUUUCCUUCGUGAUCAUUUCAACAAGAAAAUGUACGAAGAGUUCAAGCAGUUGGCCUUGGAAGAUGCAAAGGAAGGGUACAGGUAUGGACUGGAGUGCCUUUUCAGAUAUUAUAGCUAUGGACUGGAGAAGAAAUUCCGACUUGACAUAUUUAAGGAUUUCCAAGAAGAAACUAUAAAAGAUUAUGAAGCUGGGCAGCUUUACGGGCUUGAAAAGUUUUGGGCCUUCUUAAAAUAUUCCAAAGCCAAAAACUUGGACAUUGAUUGCAAAUUGCAAGAAUACCUCAGCAAAUUCCGACGCCUUGAAGACUUCCGAGUGGAUCCCCCUAUAGGGGAAGAAGGUGGCCACAAGAGAUACCCAGCAGCAUUGGGAGUCGAUGGAAGGAAGCGAUACCCAUCUCAGUCUUCCAGCAAACCUGUCACCCAGACCCCAUCCCAUCAAGUCUCUGUCUCAUCCAACCAAGUCCCCACCUCAUCUAGCCAGCCUGUGCAGGAGGAUGCCAAAAACCUGAGCCAGCCACAUGCAGUUUCUACAGCGACUGUAGAAACGCAAACAAUAGGGAAAUAAGACACACCAGAACUUCCAAUGGAAAGGGGGCAGGGACACUUGAGGGAGU